UGGGCUGAACACGGGCCCAAUCAAUAACCGAUAAGCCUAUGGCGUACGCUCAAAAAUCGUUGAAAAUUAGAGAAGGGGUUAAGGAGUAGGAAUUGAAAUUUCAAUCAAAGAUCACAAAACCGUCAACUUGUUUCACCUGGCGAAGGAAUCACACAGGUGGUGGUUUUGUGUAUACAGAAGAUUGAGAUUAUUGUAGAUGGCAAGGAUCAAGCCUCAAGCUCUCUUGCAACAGAGCAAGAAGAAGAAGGGACCGAGUCGAAUAAGUGCUGUUACUAUUCUUCUAUGCGGCUUGAUUGUUCUCUUGACUAUCUUUUUCUUGUAUUCUUCAUACAGUCACUGGUCCCUUAGGUCAAGAAUCCAGACUCAGAGUCGUAAAUCAUUAGGCUUUGAGGUUGAACAGGCUUUUCUGGAUCCAAAGAAAUCUGAUCUCCCAGGAUAUGCAAUUUUAAAUACAUCGAAAGGCACCAUAACAGUAGAACUUUUCAAGGAUGGUUCUUCCGAAGUUGUUGACAAGUUCAUUGACUUGUGUGAAAAAGGGCACUUCAAGGGGAUGCGUUUCCGUCAUGUGAUAAAGCAUUAUGUGAUUCAAGCAGGGGAUGCUGAUAGCCUUGGGGCUGCGGAAGACUGGACUUUGAAGGGGAAGCGUUACAGUCAACUUGAUACAAGUUUGAAACAUGAGGCAUUCAUGCUCGGGACUUCUAAGAGAAAACACGAUGACAAAGGAUUUGAGCUUUUCAUUACAACUGCACCCAUCCCUGAUCUUACUGAAAAACUUAUAGUUUUUGGACGGGUCGUUAAAGGAGAAGAUGUUGUUCAGGAAAUUGAAGAGGUGGAUACAGAUGAAUAUUUUCAACCUAAAUCCCAUAUAGGGAUCAUCAAUGUGAAUCUAAAGCAGGAAAUCUGAAGGCCCGGAUUUCUGAUUCAACACUUUCCCACAUUGCAUUUAUUCCUCCACUCUGCCUAUCAUUUUUCCUGCCAAACUUGCGAUAUGAACGGUGUGUAUCUGGGGAUCUGUGCAAUCAAGAAAUUUGCUCCGCGGAAACUAUUUUAAAUUAGCAUGCGUAGGGAGUGAUACCAAUUCUAUUUUGACAAUUUUUCUUCAGGCUCGAUCAUACACUCAAAUUAUAUUGUAUAACAGGUUGAUGUAAUCUUUGCUUGGAAAUAUUGAGGGGAAAAAGUGAUUUUGCUGA